ACACACACAAGUAACGGAGACGGUGAACUCUAUACCUAUCCCUCCCACAACAACACUAAUUUGCCCAUCCUGUCUUCAACUACUACCACAGCGCUCCUUAAAGGCACUAUCAUGCCAUCCGAUAGCGAUGGCCUGAGAACCCUAAACAUAGAUUUCGCACUGGGAAUCGGAACCACCCCCCGCGAGUGCCCGCUGCUACUACCAUCCGGCAGAAAACUCCGCCACCUAACCGGUAUCGCCCUCCGAAACCUCACUACCUCGGUGCAGAAAGCGCAAUCUACCCGCGUCACAAAGUCCUCUGACGACGACGCUUUGGCCGGAGCAUGGAAGUCGGCGGGGAAGCGACCGGUGCAGGUUGAGGGAUUGGCUGGUGGCAGUAGCAGUAGUAGCGGUGGGGGACUGAUUCAUGCAAAGUCCGAGAUGGACCUCACGAAGGCGGAUGUGGACAUGGAAGUUGGCGUUGAUGUCAGGUCCGGUGGACGGCUACGGCGCCGGAGCAUGAGGGGAAAUCCACUGGGUCUGGAGAGCCCAAUGACAAGGCAGAAGAGGCUUGAGGAUGUUGCGGCAGGGAGAAUGGCGGACGUGUUCUUUUCGUUACAUGUUGGGGAUCGAGUUGGUAGUGGUGAGGAUCCGAUCUAUAUCAGUGAGGUUGUGUCAAAAUCUAUGAAUCCGAGCUUUCAAUUCUUUGAGUUGUCGCAUAGUGGGCCGCACGUUUCCAGGUUGGAUAAGGUUACUGUAAAGAUAUGGGUCGGCACUCAGUCGCAAUUCCGGCUAAUCCUCGAGCUGAACAUCGCGCUCUCGGCUCUGCAGUUUAUUGGUAAAAAUUUGGAGAACUUUAGACACCCAUUUCCUACAAAUUCCGUCAUAUUUUUCCUAUCGGAUGGGAUCUAUACUACUUUUAUGGACAUGCCGCUCUCUUCCCCCGCUUCGCACAGGGAGCUGCCAAUUCGUGGACAUGCGUCGUCGGCUUCACCCACCGCCUCCUAUGACGCGAUAAUGAAACUCAACAACCUAGAAGACUGCAUCCAAGAUGCCGAACAAACAAGCGCUAAAGUCUCUGACCAGAUAAACGCAAUCCUAGAGCGAGAAUCCAGUUCAAUGUCACUCCUUCGAGAAGCCUCCCAAGCACGGGAGUCCAGGAAAACACUACAGGGUUAUUUGGCCUUGGAGAAGAAGCGCCUGAACGCAGCGAUAAGGAAGCGAGAAUCUCUGCGGCAAAGCUUACAGGUGCGUCGCGAGGCAAUGGCGGCUGGGCGGGAGGCGCAAAGGACAGGAGAGAACUAUCUUAGGGAAGCGGCCGUCGGCCUCGAGCGUUGCAAGAAAGACCUAGGAGAGACUAAAAAGGGAAUAGAAACCCAACGCCGGCGUAUAGUGGAAGAUUUACAAACGGUCUACCCAGUCGAGCCUGUACCAAACCACCCCCUAAGCUUCACCAUCCGCUCCCUCCCACUGCCAAACUCACACCACGAAGACGCGGACGCAGAUGCCAUCUCUGCCGCGCUCGGCUACGUCGCGCACGUCGCCUACCUCCUCUCCUUCUACCUGGGAACGUACCUGCGAUAUCCGCUACAGCCACAGUGCAGCAACUCCUUCGUGCGCGACCCCAUCUCCGUCAUUGCUGGCGCGCGCACAUUCCCGCUGUGGGUGAAGGGGAGCGUCUAUUUCCGCUUCGAGUAUGCAAUCUUUUUGCUAAACAAGGACCUCGAGCAGUUGAUGAGUUCGCAGGGACUGUGGGUCAUGGAUAUCCGACAUACGUUGCCGAAUUUGAAGUAUUUGUUGUUGUUUCGGUGGGGGGGGGGAGGUUAUGCCGGAACGAACAAGGCCCUCAUCACCCUUCGUAAAAUUACUCUCCCGGAAGUCCUCCGAGAUUGGCUCUCCUUCCGCUGCUAUUCCUACCGCUAAUGACACCAAUACUUCACCCUCAUCCGCUACUCCCGCCAUUCCUGCCACUCCCGCCGCUGCAUCUGUCCCCGCGGUUGACAAAGGCAAGAAGGUACUCUCGGUAUCAGGAUUGAUCGAUGAGGCGGUAUCAGGAUUGACCGAUGAGGCGGAGGUUAAUGAAGAUGGUGGGAAAUGAGUUUGUUGCCGCAAUAUCGUGGUGUUAUUCCUUCUCUCUUUUUUCUCUUUUUUCUCCUUUUCCACAAUUGCUAUGGGGUAUUGAAAGCGUCUCAAGUUAGCGGGUUAAAUGGCGUUUGCUUUCGUUUUGCGAUCACAAAAUAGAUUUCGGGGAUAUGGUUGGGUAAAGUUU